AUGAUUGUUGGUAUAAACGGUUUCGGAAGGAUUGGCAAGCAGGUAUACAGGAUUUUAGUAAAGAAUGGAGUCAACGUGGCUCUUGUGAAUGAUCCAUUUGUUGAUAUCAAAUACUUCUACUAUCUUGCAAAGUUUGACUCUGUUUAUGGAACCUUAGAAGACAUUCAACAACGACAAAAGUCCGUCAUAGCGCAUGGAAUCGAGACGUUUUUGAGCAAUGAAAGCGAGCCAGAAAACAUCAACUGGCCAAAGUACAAUGUAAACUACGUCAUUGAGUGCUCGGGCAAAUUUACCACACAUCUUAAGUGUAGUAAGCACAAUUGCGAAAGAGUUAUAUUAAGCUGUCCCUCAUCUGACAUACCGACAUUUGUUUUUGGCGUUAAUCAUGAACUUAUAAGCAAUGAAAGAGUUAUCAGUGCGGCAUCAUGCACUACAAACUGCUUAGCACCUAUUGUGAAGGUUUUGAAUGAUAGGUUUGGGAUUGUUGAGGGCUUGGUUACGACAGUCCAUUCUUUGACUGGCUCGCAAAAGACAGUCGACUCGAAAGGAUCCAAGUGGCGAAGCAGCAGGGGCUGUAUGAAUAUUAUUCCGGCAACUACCGGAGCAACCAUGGCCACAGAAAUGGUUAUUCCUGAAAUUAAAGGCAGAAUUACAGGGUCUGCCUACAGAGUGCCAGUAUCUGAUGUUUCUGUUGUAGAUUUUGUGUAA